ACUUUGUCCAUCGCCUUCUGCGCACAGCGCAAGGCGUGUACUUCUCCGAUCAGUACCGACAGGUAAAUGACCAUCACGUAACAGCCUUUACUAGUCAAAGUGAAAAGGCAUGUGGCUCAAUGUUGACAUCAUUGCAAACACCACUCUUCCGGGUUGACGGAGAACGGCCCGUUACUACUUACGAGUACUUCACCGUUGAUGCCAUACAAGUACCGGAGAAGGACGCUGCAGACAAGGUACGCUUUUCACGAGAGGAAUAGAGCAACCAUCUAGAUCAACCAUCCUAGUCUCUGGCUGCAUAUUUUGCGCCACUUAUCCGUACCUACUUCGCGGAAAUGUCCAGCCGGGAGGCAGAACAGCAAAACGGUUAUGGGAGCCAUCGAGACACUGAGGGGAACGGCGAAAGCGACCAUCGUGAAGAAUCUGGGGGCGCGACCAAGCCUGCGCGUGGACGAGUCGCCACGAUCAUUGAGAACUUCUCCUUCCUCUGGUUUACAGUAUCGAUGAACACGGGCAUUCUUAGCAUACUUAUGCAUCAGCUACCAUGGCAGUUUCGUGGUUUGGCAAUUCUAUCAACGAUCAUGUUCGUCUUCAACAUCGUCCUGUUUACGACAUUCUUCAUCGUGCUCUUGCUGCGAAUCACCUUCUUCCCCAAGGCGAUAGUUGAGUCGAUGUCCAGCAAUCCUACCGAACUCACCAUGACUGGAGCAGUGCCUAUUGCAUGGUUCACUAUAGUGUCUCAGGUUGGACUCACCGUCUCCACAGCACCUUGGGGCGGACAUGCCUUCUUUCUCGUAGCGGUCGUGUUUUGGUGGGUUGGCACCGCUGUUAUGGUCUCAAUUGCUAUCACGGUCAUAGUGAUGUUGUCGAAGACGACGAUCACAAGCACCAAAGACAUGUCACCAGCCCUCGUCAUACCUUUCGUUGGGACAACAACGGAUGCUUUGGUAGGAGGCCUCAUCACGAGUUACUCCGCUCAUAUCAAUGCGCCAGUCGCUGUGCCGGUCAUCAUCGUCGGCUACCUAUUGACCGGUAUUGGCUUCUUCGUGUCCCUCAUGGUCUAUGCGGCCUAUUUCGUCCGCCUAAUGAACCAUGGCCUACCGCCGCCACCGCAGACUCCAAGCUUGCUCUUGCUUGUCGGGCCCUGUGGACAAACCAGCGCAGCGCUUCAAGCGCUUGGUAACGCGGCAAGCAUGAACUUUGGCAAAUACAACCGAGGUGUCUUCCUGACAAGCUCCGCUGCUUCUGUGCUGUCUACAAUCGGCACUUUCUUCGGACUGCUGUCAACUGGUAUGGCGCUCCUGUUCGCCUUCUUCGCCAUUUACACCAUUGUGGAAACAUGCUUGAAACGACAGAUGAAGUAUUCGAUGUUUUGGUGGGGUACAAUCUUCCCGAUGGCCACAGUCAAUACCGCAUUUAUCAUGUUCGCAAACGAGAUGGACUCGGCGGCUUUCAGAGGCUUGAGCGCUGCAUUGCUCAUUGUAUUGUUGGUUGACUACUUCAUCAAUUGGGGCUUCACAUUAAGGGAUAUAUUCUUGGGCAAGCUGCUCAACGGUAGUCGGUCAGAUAAGCCGGCAAACGGCCGGGCUAAGGCGCAAUAGCUAUACGAGCAUGACAACUUGUCUGAACAACGUGCAGACAGUAUGACAAGU